UCGGACGAGUUGAACGCGGCGGCGGGCGGGUACACCGGCUCGCCGUGGCCGCCGCUCGAGCUCGACCCCGUGGGAUGGGGCCGCAAGCUGUACCCGUCUGGAGCGCCGAGAUCAUCAGGUGGUCUGAUGUUUGGCCUUCACCACCAGGAGGCGGCGGGGGUUCACGCUCAGCCGCGAGGACCCGUCACGUCUCUGAAAGAAGAGCCUCUCACACGAGCUUGGAUGACUCCCACUUCUUUAGUUGACAAUACCAACAGCGUGGGCGUAGGGCGCGCCCACUUCGAGAAGCAGCCGCCCAGCAAUCUGCGCAAGAGCAACUUCUUCCACUUUGUCGUAGCACUCUACGAUCGCGCCGGUCAGCCGGUAGAAAUAGAAAGGACCGCGUUCAUAGGCUUCAUUGAGAAAGAUCAGGAAGCUGAAGGUCAAAAAACAAACAAUGGUAUUCAAUAUCGACUACAAUUGCUUUAUGCAAACGGUAUACGGCAAGAACAGGACAUCUUCGUUCGAUUAAUAGACUCUGUUACGAAACAGCCCAUCGUCUACGAAGGUCAGGAUAAGAACCCGGAAAUGUGCAGAGUGUUGCUCACACACGAAGUUAUGUGCAGUCGAUGUUGUGAUAAGAAAAGUUGCGGCAACAGAAAUGAAACUCCAUCGGAUCCUGUCAUUAUAGAUCGAUUUUUUCUAAAAUUCUUCCUGAAAUGCAAUCAAAAUUGUUUGAAAAACGCCGGCAACCCGCGCGAUAUGAGAAGGUUUCAAGUGGUGAUAUCAACGCAAGUCAUGGUGGACGGUCCACUGCUGGCGAUAUCGGAUAACAUGUUCGUCCACAACAACAGUAAACACGGGAGACGAGCGAAGCGACUCGAUCCGUCUGAAGGUACUGACGCCGCGCCCGAGCCUAAUUCGGGGCUAUACCCACCGUUGCCUGUAGCAACGCCAUGCAUCAAAGCAAUAUCUCCGAGCGAAGGCUGGACGUCAGGGGGUUCUACGGUCAUAAUAGUAGGGGAUAACUUUUUCGAUGGUCUCCAAGUCGUGUUCGGAACUAUGUUAGUUUGGAGCGAGCUUAUAACGUCACACGCGAUCAGAGUACAAACUCCACCACGACACAUACCCGGCGUCGUGGAAGUUACUCUUUCGUACAAGAGCAAGCAGUUCUGUAAGGGAGCACCUGGAAGAUUUGUUUAUGUUUCAGCUCUCAACGAGCCGACAAUAGAUUACGGAUUCCAGAGACUACAGAAACUUAUACCGAGACAUCCGGGUGAUCCUGAAAAACUGCCCAAGGAAAUAAUACUGAAGCGAGCGGCAGAUUUAGCGGAGGCUUUGUAUUCUAUGCCUCGUAACAACCAACUGGGCCUUGGGGCGCCGCGCUCGCCGCCCGCCAGUAUGCCGUUCAACUCUUACACGGGGCAGCUGGCUGUCAGUGUACAGGACACUGCCGCAUCGCAGUGGACUGAAGAGGAGUACGCGCGCAGCGGCGGCUCGGUGUCGCCGCGCUACUGCUCGGCCGCGUCCACGCCGCACGCCGCCUACGCGCCGCAGCACUACCCCGCGCCGCCCUCCUCGCUCUUCAACUCCUCCUCGCUGUCUCUAGGACCGUACCAUCCGGCGAACAUGAACGGACAUAUAUCCUCCGAACACUAUAGCACGUAUAGCACGAAAGAUAGCGAGUAUUACGCUGAAAGAAAUGGCCAGUGUAAGAAUGAAUGUCCUGUAAACACUCAUACGAAAUGCAGUGACGGGCUUGGCAAAGGGAAGGCUAGAAGUGCGUUCGCAGUCGUCAGAAAUAGUCCACCGCGUAAUUUACAACAUCAAAAUUGGCAACAUCUCGCCGUCCAGUGAAUGAGCGGUCUGGUGUCGUCGCCGUUUAGCGUCAACCCGUUCUCGCUGCCCACGUGUAGCGCGCAACAAUACGCACAGACCGCCCCGCUCGCUUCCAAGUAACGAUUUUUUUACGUUGAGUAAUUAACUUGCUAUACUAUAAGAAAUU